AUGGAAACGUGGUUUUGGGUUCUCGGCUGGUUCCUCAGCAUUCUCACGAUGGUUGUAAAUGGAUUUGUCAUCUUCCUCGUCUGCAAUAAACGUCAGCUUCGCACCAAAACCAACGCAUUUGUCGUGUCUUUAGCAGUGGCUGAUUUUGGUUUUGGGAUGAUCGCUGUUCCUUCACUUUUUUUCUGCAGCCUUGUGACCGAAUGCACUCCACGCUCAAAAGAGGGAUUAAUUGUGGCAUUUGUAAGGAUUUUCACUUUUUACGCCUCUGGAAUAAACUUGGUCAGUUUAGUACUUGAACGUUAUAUUGCUGUUGUGAAACCUUUGAAAUACAUGACUUUUAUGACGCGCCAUCGAGUCAUUCAAAUGGUUGUAACAUCUUGGGGAAUUCCUUUUCUUUUCACUCUUACUAUGGUGUCGAUUACACUUAGUGGAAUCGAUCAUGCCAGGACUAUACGCGGCUAUUUGUAUUUGCUUUUCGAGGUAAUCUUGUGCGUAAUUCUAAUCUUUUUUCUUGCAUCCAUGUUUUUUGCUGUAUACUCUAGAGAUCGCACUUUAGCUAAGAAAUCGCGGCUUAGUCAACCGGUCGCUAGAGCUAAAACUCAAAACAAGGCGUCAGCGGUAAAAUGGGUGGCAUUGGUAACGUGUGUGUUUCUAUCGUGUUACGGAAUAUUGAUGCGUUGUAGUUUAUUUUUAACUGAUAAUCAAUCAUGUAACGAUUAUCAUUACAAAAUACCUCUACAAGUUAUUAACUCUGGAAUAAACCCUAUAGCUUAUGCUUUCUUCAAAAGAGAUAUACAACAAGAAUGCAAAAGGCUUCUCUUCAAAAGGCGUCGUUAA